AUGGCGAGUCACCUGACCCCAGCCAUCUACUCUGCUCUGUGCGACCGCUCCACGCCCAACGGCUAUCGGCUGGACCAGGCCAUCCAGACCGGUGUGGACAACCCCGGGCAUCCCUUCAUCAAGACCGUGGGCAUGGUGGCAGGAGACGAGGAGAGCUAUGAGGUGUUUGCUGAGCUACUCGACCCAGUGAUCAAAGAGCGACACAAUGGAUAUGACCCUAAGACCAUGACCCACCCCACAGACUUGGACUCCAGCAAGCUCACCUCUGGGAUGUUUGAUGAGAAGUAUGUGUUGUCGUCACGGGUGCGUACUGGUCGUAGUAUCCGCGGCCUCAGUCUGCCACCGGCCUGUACCCGAGCCGAGCGUCGUGAGGUGGAGCACGUGGUGGUGGAGGCUCUGAGCGGCCUCUCCGGGGAUCUGACUGGGAAAUACUUCAGUCUAACACAGAUGACCGACCAGGAGCAACAGCAACUGAUCGAUGACCACUUCCUGUUUGAUAAGCCUGUGUCUCCCCUCUUGACCUGUGCCGGGAUGGCCCGUGACUGGCCUGACGCCCGCGGCAUCUGGCACAAUAAUGAGAAGACCUUCCUGAUCUGGGUGAACGAGGAGGACCACACCAGGGUCAUCUCCAUGGAGAAGGGAGGCAACAUGAAGAGGGUCUUUGACAGGUUCUGCAGAGGAUUGAAGGAGGUGGAGCGGCUCAUACAGGAGCGUGGAUGGGAGUUCAUGUGGAACGAGAGACUGGGGUACAUUCUGACUUGUCCGUCAAACCUGGGGACCGGCCUGAGGGCUGGAGUGCACGUGAAGCUGCCCCUUCUAAGCAAGGAUCCUCGCUUCAGUAAGAUCCUGGAUAACCUGCGUCUUCAGAAGAGAGGCACAGGGGGUGUGGACACCGCUGCUGUGGGCGGGACAUUCGACAUCUCCAACCUGGACCGUCUGGGACAGUCUGAGGUGCAGCUGGUCCAGACCGUUGUGGAUGGCGUGAACUAUCUGGUGGAAUGUGAAAAACGACUGGAGAAAGGACAAGACAUUAAAGUCCCCGCUCCCAUCAAGACCUUCAAGUAG